CUGAGAGCGAACUAUUCUUUCGUAAAUGUUCGUAGAAGCAGUCUGCAUACCUAGCUGUAUGACUUUGCUUGAAUUCAAUGAUUCGGAGGGGUGUUCUAAAACUUUUGGCCAUCCGUCCUCUUUUCACCAGUUAUCUGGUUGCAAUGACCGCAAGCCAGUUCAGACAUCCUUAAGUCCAGCCACGGCCUCCAGCUACACCAGGGCAUCGCAAGGUGUUCCUUGCAGGGACAUAAUCCUUCUAGUAUAUUCUGCUUCUGCCCAACAAAGGCAUCUUGGAGGCAUCCUAAUCAGUUGCCCAAACUUCCCCAGGUGGCCCCUUUCAACGCAAAGGAGCUAUGAUUCCACUCCAGGCUCCAUCCAGAUGUCUGAGCUACUCACCCUGUCCCAUAAGGCGUCAUGUGCUUUAAACAAAGCAAAUCUGAGUAUGGCCACUACGCUAAAACCACCUCACUGUCCGGAACUGUACUUAAGGACUUGUUUGGUGACCAUAGUGGUCUUUAUUUCAAACAGAACUGCGGGCCAUGUAAUAUUAAAAUGCACAUGCUUUUACCAUCAGUAACCUGUGUUGUCAAACCAACAAAGACUGAAAUCUUAAGGAUUAUUUCUGAAGUGUAUUAGAACCAUUGCUAAUAAUCAUAUAUAUACACAAUAUGAAAGCUGAUUUUCAAAGUGCACUCAUACUAAUGGCUGCCUGGAAGGCAGGAAAAUACCCUAAAAACAAAAACAGUUUUUCCACAAAUCUGAACAAUUCUGAUGAUUUCUGGACUAUCAGUUCAGUGUGUUGGAGUAGUAGCUGCUUUUAUCUUUAGUACUGAACUGUGGCACUAGAGUUUGUCCUCACAAUUCUAAAAAAGAUCUUUAAUAACAUCCUCACUCUGUCCCAGGUGCUAAUUAGCUAUGGUUUCCUGAGGUAGCCAUUUUCUACAGCUGGUGGUGCUGGUGGUGGGGCGGGUGGCAGGCAGCUUGGACAGGGGGAUUUAGCUUGAAAGAGGCUUGUGUGUCUAACUGAGAUGUCUGUCUGUUUGGCUGUCCGUCAGACAUAUCAGAGAUGGAGUCAUACCAUUCCUAUUCUCCCCCAGAGGAGAGGAGGUCCCGCCAGUCUGACCUGUCCUCCCACUCUUCUAAUGAAAGAGACAACCCCAGGGAAGAACCCAUGAGGACAGCCAAGAUGUCAGCCAUGGCCUCACCAUUCAGAGUACCUGAAGACCCCCAGGCCUCAGCUGAGCUGGACAAAGACACAGCACACAUUGAGGAGCCUCCAGUUGCUGCAACAGCCACACCCAAGAUUCUCCUCCGACCAAGUGCAGAAGAUGAAAAAAUAUAUGGGUGAGUUGUUCUUUUUACUA